CGGGCUUUUGACAGAAUCCAACGUGUAUAAAGCGACGCGUGGAUUAAACUGAUGUAGUUAAAUUAAGAAAUUCAUUGAAUUAACAAGCGCAUAAAUUAAAAGUUUUAGCGCACUUGUGUUAAGAUAUAGUGAAAAUAUUUUCUACGUAAUACACUAGUCAUUUCAUCGGCACAGUAACAUAAAAUAUAUACAAAAUGAACAAUUCAGUACUAUUGAUACUGUCUAUUAUUAUUGGAUUAAUAUAUACUGUCACAGCUUUAAAAAAUGAUGAAUGUGAAGUAUGUGUAUCCACUGUGGAAAAAUUUGCUAAUACUUUAACUGAAGAUAUAAAAAAAGAUACUAGGAAAAUAGAAGCAGCAUUUAAAGAAUUUUGUAAAGAUACAAAAUCUAAAGAAAACAGAUUUUGCUAUUACUUAGGUGGUUUGGAACAAUCUGCAACAGGUAUUUUAAGUGAAUUAAGUAAACCUCUAUCUUGGUCUAUGCCUGCAAAUAAAGUAUGUGAAAAAUUAAAGAAGAAAGAUGCUCAGAUAUGUGAUUUAAGAUAUGAGAAGCAAAUUGAUAUUAAUACUGUUGAUCUCAAGAAACUUAAGGUACGUGAUUUGAGAAAAAUAUUGAGUGACUGGGAUCAAACAUGUGAUGGUUGCAUAGAAAAAACAGAUUUUAUUAAGCGAAUUGAAGAACUGAAACCUAAAUAUUCUAGCAGUGCAAAAUCAGAACUUUGA